AUGCUGAAAACUGCCCGCAGGUACUCCACGCGCGCGUUCAAGAACAUCCUCGACCUGCGCCCCACGCAGCACAACGUGUUUGUGAACGACGCGCACAUGGCGGUUCCCUUUCGAGGCCGCGGUCUGUACGGGGGAGCGCUUGCUGCGCAGGCCACGGUGGCCGCGCUGCAGACUGAGCAGUGCGGCAAAUGGAAACCGCUCUCGAUCCACUGCCACUUUCUAGCCGCAGCACAGCCCGACGUGCCGCUCGUGUACAGAGUAGAGGACCUCAAGGUGAGCAAAAACUACCAGGUGAAGGAGGUGCGGCUGUUCCAGGGUGAAAAAUUGACCUUCAACGCAGUGUGCACGAUCCAGAAGACACUGCUGGAGGGCACGGCAGGUAAAGUCACCGGCCAGCUACACCAUCACCGAAAACCGCCCGCUGUGGAUGGGCUGGUCGACCAAAACACAGCCUUCGAGCUUUGGGCAGAAUCCAACGGCCGCCAAAGCGAGCUUCAUGACCUGAAACACUUCUAUAAUAACGAGCCCAUAGAGUGGCAGUUCCCACCACACAUGUUUGAUCUGGGGAAGGUCUCAGAGACAGAGGAAAAAUUGCCCGUUUCUGAACGCACCUUGUGGUACAAAUUGCGGCCGAAAUUGCCCGCAGCCAACGAGAUCCAGAGAUGGGGCAUCACAGCGUACCUCACAGACUACUUUUAUCUGAACACCAACAUGCGGCUAAACAUGCUUGCGGCGACAGCAAAUGCAUCAUGA